CACACAUGAACCACUUUGUAAAAUCAUUCCCCCACAAGUCUUUUUAAAAUCAUUUUCCGCUCACCUUGAAAAUAAACCUCCUAGUCUUGAAAUCCCCAACCGAGGGAAAAUAUACCUAUUCCUUUCAUGAUUUUAUAAGUGUCUAUAAGGUCAACUUCCUAUGCCCCAGUGAAAACAGUCCCAGUCCAUCCAGCCUCUCCUUAAAUUAAAACCCUACAUUCUCUGCAACAUCAUGGUAAAUCUCUUCUGAACUCUCUCCGGCUUAAUAAUGUCCUUCCUCUGACAGGGUGGAUGGAACAGGACACACACCUUGAGAAAUGGCCUCACUGUCCCAACUCCCAUACUCAACGAUCUGAGCAAUGAAAGCAAUGCCUUAUUAAACAUCCCAACCGGAUGUGACUCAGAAUUAUAUCCCUGACACUUCAGUGUCUCUAUUCUACAAUGCUAUCCAAGCUUCAACUUUUAAUUGUAUGAGUCCUAUCCUUGUUUGUUUUACCCCACAUUUAUCCAUAUUAAGCACCAUCUGCCACAUCACUCUCAGAGACACUGGAUAGCAAAAAGCCAUAUUCCAGACUGGGCAAAUUUUAUUUUUUGAUUUAUCCUAUUUUUCUUAUCGACCUGUUCAGGGAUGUUGUCAAGCACUUUCUCUGGAUCAGAUGGGACUUGAACCUGACGCACACCAGCUGAAAACAUAAUAUCAUGAGACCCGCUGGAUUUCCGUCAGUUGGAGCAAGUUUUCGAGGUGGACCGAAGGUUCUGUUUGCGUGAUGUACAGCUGUGUGACUCCACUGUAAAUGCCGGAGAUCAAAGCGGGUCAGACAGCACCAGUGGAGAGAGAGAACAAGCUGACAUUAAGUGUCUGCCUGAUCCGCUGUGAGCUCCAGCAUUUGUUGUUUACUUUCAGUGACGUGCAGACUGGGUUGGUGCUUUCCCCUCCUGGUUCCGUGGCUUGGAGAAUACACAAAGGCAGAUAUGCUCAACAGAACUCUCUACAGAACAUCAAUAACCAAAGUGAAACAUGGGAAAGUGUUUUUGUACAUUUUCUUCCUCUGAGAGUUUGGAUCGUUUAUCGCUUCCUCCCUGCGAAAAGACAGUGUGUAAUGGCGAUUUGUGAGAGCUGCGUCGCUCUUGUUGUUCUGCUGUUAAUCGUAUGGAAUCCUGGCUCAGAGGCUGCAGAUCCAAUAAAACUGAACGGUGGCCAGAUUUUGAGAUCUGUCGGUGAUGAUGCCCUGCUGCCGUGUACAAUUAAAACUGAACAAACUAUCUCACAAUUCAUGUGGCGAUACAAGCGUGGUCAACAACAAUGGAACUUUUUCACAGCAGUUUUCAAAAAUGGAAAGGAUGAAAGACUUAACGAUAUAUUUAACGGCAGAAUGACCUACGUUGGCCAAAGUUCCAAAAAUGCGUCGAUGUAUUUGAGAAAUAUUACCCUAAGUGAUGAGGGGAUAUACAGCUGUAUUUUCACUUUAUUCCCUGAUGGGCCUGUUGAAGAGGACAUACGGCUAAUCGUAAGAGCUCCUCCGACUGUUACCAUCCAAACAUAUCCAGACUUUUCUCUGAUUGACUGCAGGAAACACCUCAUUGUCAUCUGUACAGCAGCAAAUGCAAAACCAGCUGCCAGUAUCACUUGGAAAGCCCCUUUUGAUGUACAUACCGAUGAAAGUAUUGGGCCUCCUGCUGAAAAUGGGACUGUGACUGUCUCUAGCUGGUUUCAACUGUGUCCGAAUAAAUCGCUUCAUGGGCAGAAGAUUGUCUGUGUUGUGGAACAUCCAACCCUCAAUGCUUCAAAACACGUUCCUUAUCUGCUGACUAUUGAUUAUGCUAAUCCACUUCCGACUGAAUUCAUCUGGACAAAGAAGAAUGACUCUAUUCCAGAAGGUGUGAUAAUACAAAAGGACAAAAUUAAAUUCUCCAAGUUGACUUCUGACCUUGAAGGGCUUUAUAUAUGUGCAGCAAGCAACACUGCUGGGACUGCUUCAGGAUCCUUUUAUUUGUUUCCAAUUGCAGAUGAUCAGCAGCCACGUCAUUACAUGGUGCCCUUUAUCAUCAUCAUCCUCAUACUGAUAAUUCCGCUCGGCGCUCUCAGCUAUCGUUAUCAUAGAGCAAGAAAGAAACGUCCACAAAGAAAUAGUGACAAAGAAACUUCCCCAAAAAUGGAUGCCUCUGAGAUGUUCCCAAGACUCCAAACAGAACGUGGUGAGGCGUCAGAAGACAUGGAGGAAAAUGAACCGUCUCUUUAAUCAAAUUGAUGACAGGCCCUGACUGUUCUAAGAUUGAGAUGGACAGCAACCUAACACUUGAGUUGGCAUAUAGGUAGCGGUAGGUGGGAAGGCAGGUGGGGUAAUUGUGGUAGGUCAGUAGGGAGGGUGGAGUGGAUAGGUUGGAAGGAAGACGGACAGGUAGUACAGGUCAAGAGGGCGGUACCGAGUUGAGGGUAAGGGGAGGGGAGGUUUGGAAACGUGUGAAAUUGAUGCCAUGUGGUUGUAAGGUGCUGAGGUGGAAGAUGAGAAGUUCUUCCUCCCAGUUUGGAUUUACUUCUGUUAAUAAAUCUUUUUUUCCCUACAUUCAAGCUGUGCUGUACUUUGUUUUAGACUUUUGGG